AAACAUGAAUUCUGGCUCGACAAAAGACGACUUUUACUGAGGAAAAGCGCCAUAAACUUGUCACUGAAGAAUCAUCUGAAAAGCCAACAAAUGAGAUGCAGAGCAAGCCAAAUGCGGUUCGCACAUCUGGGAGAUUCAAAGAGCUAUUGUCAGAGCGUUUAAACAAUGCCAGCCUUCAUCUCGGCUCACUUGUCAGGAUCACGCCAGUCACAAGCAGUGUGGAGGAUUUCAGCUUCCUUGCAGCAGGGAGGGCAGUAAAUUAACCUGGAUGUUGCCUAAAUUAAGCACAGAGAUCAACUAGGAAUGCUAGUUUCAAUAAGCCUAAAGCAGUUUGGAUUUAUUUUCUGUACGAGUCAAAACCAAAGCUUUUAACCAAAGAGGACAUUGCCAAUGCAGUUUGGUAUUCACCAAAACAAGAAAAACAGAAAUACACUUUCCUGCCCCAUAAACUGUGUUGGCCUUUAAAGGAUGAGAAACAAACACAAAGCAGCUCUUGCUAAAUACUUUGGGAGACGGAAAACAAAACAGCCUCUGGAAUGACCUUUCCAAAGUGAAAUGUUUUUUUUCUCGCAUGCACCUUAAACAGGAGGAAGUUCCAUAUACAUAGUUUCCCCUCACGUCACCGUAGACUUAUGAUCUUCAAGAUAAAGAGCAGAUCCCUUUCUUGGAAGGGAAAGUAAUCUGUGGGCUGCAGACUGAGACACAAACAAAAAAGCAUGUUCUGCCGACCAAAAUAGAGGAGGAAAGGAAAGAGAAAAAUCUGGGAAGGGGGAAAAAACUGGGGAGUUUCAUUGCCCUCUGCUCCAGAUUUUUCGUUGCUGUUUUUCCAACGGGAAUUCUUCCAAAGGACGUUGGAGCUGACCCUCUGGGAGGUCCAAUUAGACUGAGAUAAACACUUCAUGAAGGAACAAAGUAAGAGUAAACUCUUUACGCCAAAUUUCAACUGACUGCUUGGGGAAGGAACACGGCUGCUGUAGGAGUCAUGCCUGGAAGAAGAAACCUGGAGUGCUGAAGUGCCUCUUGACAUUCUCAGUUUUUAGGUGAUUAAACACUGUUUGUGAAGAAAGGAUACAGGCGUAGGGAUCUGAUUCUGGAUAGUGAUGGAGAAAGGCCAUACAUCUAUCAGGAGAGGGGUGAGCUGGAGUCCAGGAGGAUUGAGAAAACCUAUCGAGUCAAAGGAAGAAAUGCAGCCCACUGAGACCGACUACAACGCAUCCUGGGAGAAGACGGGAUUUAGUAAGCAGCAUAUAAGCCGCAAAACAAAUCUGAGCAGGAGUGCCAGUUUAUCGGAGAAAGAGCUGAAGGAGGCACGGCUGAAGAGUCACAUCAUUGCUGCUCAGCUCACCAUCCCCUCCAACUCCGGCUCCAGCUCCAGGGGUGUGCAGCUUUUUAAUCGGCGCAAGCAGAGAGUGAACGCCUUCACACUCGAAAGCUGCGGACAAGGGUCAGAGGUGGACAAAACUGAGAAUGUGAAAAGUGAUUCCUUGUCCAACAAGCAAACCUGGGCAGAGAGAAGCUGUGAGGAUAAGGACACAGACCUGAACUUAAAUAAUAAUAAGUUACACUUUUUGCCACCUGCAAGCAGCCCUUCAACUGGUAUCAUAAUGGAUGAAGAAAAUAAGAAUUUUAUCAAAGGUGAAGACACGGAGAACUAUGAUAUCCAGGAAAGACAUUUCCUCCCAGUCAAAGAAGAGCCAGAAGAAGAGGACGACAUAAAGGAUAAAAUUCAUGAGGUUCUAGAGGACGAUGCUAGACACCAAACUCCUCUGGGAAGUAAUGACUCUCAUCCAGCUGUGAUGGCACAUGUUGAAAGGAAGACAGAAACAAAUGAGGGCCACCCAGUAGUUGUUCCCUCUGAAAAGCUUCUUAAUGGCUGUCACAGCACCUCUGGUUCAGAGAGGAUUUCCUUAGUCUCACCCUCCAAGCAGACGCCAGCCUUCCUCAACAGAACGGCUCGACCUUUCUUCUCACCACCAACUGUCCUCUCUCCAGAUUCAGUCAGUCCUGCUACAGACAUCCCACCUCCCCCGUCUUAUGCCACUCCUCCUCUCCCUUCUUCCACUCAACCUGUCACAUUCUCUCCUCCACCUCCACCACCAUCAUACCCAACACCUCCUCUGCCGGCCUUCACAAACCAACCUCCACAGACGUUCUACUCUGGUCCACUUCCAAUGUCUCCUCCCAUGUCAUCUCCAUGCCUUUCGCCAUCCAACUUUCCUGUUUCCCAGCACCCACCUGUACUCCACUGUGGCCCUCUGACAGCUCCAAAGCCUUCCACCUUUGUUCCACAGUCCACUGGAGAAAGGAAGCUGAUAACACCAAUCAAAACAGGAAUACUAGAAGAAGGCGCAGCCAGGAGGGCAAACAAGAAGUCAAUGUUUACAUUUAAAGAGAAGCCAGUGGUUGCUCCAAACCCUGAGCUGCUCUCUCUGGUGCAAGGAGCGGAUGAAAGAAAGAAACAUGGACACAGAUCUGUCCCUGAACCAGCACCUGAAGAGGAGUUACUGGCUUUGGGAGCAGAAGCUUCCAACUUCCUUGCGAAAGCAGAGGAAAAGACAGUGGGAGCAAGAGCCCCAGAGUGGGCAUCCUGUCUCAAAAGCUCAAAGACCAGACCAAGGCUAGACCAUCAUCCAGAGCAGAGCCUCACAAAUGUGUCAGGCAAGGGGGCUGAAUUGUUUGCCAAGCGUCAAUCAAGGAUGGAGAAAUAUGUUGUUGAGAAUCAGAAUCCAGGACAAAUUAGGUCUCCCUCCCCCACAAUGUCGUUACCACCAUCCUGGGUUUACCCAUCGAACAUGCCAGGAAGGGUCAAAGCCAUUGCCAAGAACUCCGAAGUGAGCGCACAGAUUUCGCAAAAUCUAAAGGCCCAGCAAGCCGUCAAGCAAAAACCAAAACCAAAAGUUGCAGUACCAGAGCCAGUUCCAGAACCACCAACUACUUUAGAAAAUGGUUGCUCCAAGAUAGAGAUGGACCUCGCAAGACACCGUCCCUAUCAGCUCAACUCUUCCCUCUUUGUCUUCAACCCAGUCAAGGACCCAAUAAGCACAUUAGCCAGAGGAGCACCACAAGCCAAGAACCUACUCAGCAGCCAAAGUUUUUCUAGACAAACUUCUCUACCUAACACUUCACCAUCUUAUUAUGGUAGUAUGUCACCUCAGUUGCCUCUCACCUCCCCAAGAGGAUCAGAAUACCCAGCAAAUCCAGCUUCCCCACAUGCGAGGAUCACUUCUUUGAUGUCUCCUUUUUCUCCAGAACGAGUUUCCUCCCCUCGGUCUGGAGUUCAGGCACCAAAGCCAACGUUUUCUGCCAAGAAGGCAGGAAUUACACCACAGGAAUCAGAGGAGUCAUCCCCUGUUGAAAUUACUGGUGAAACAUCCAAGACAACCAGUACACCUAGCCUAACCAGACGUUUCAGCAGCCCAGCAAACCAAGCAACUAGAAAAUGGAUCUCCAGCUCUCAAACAAGCCAGUCACCAACCACCACCAGUGGAUCUAUCUGUUCUGUCAAGUCUCCUGUCAAUUUGUCCAGUAAUGCAAGAUCCCAAUCUUUUAUGUCGAGUCAGAACAGCCAAUUUUCCUCUGUUAAUUCCACUUCUGCAUCCAGGCCCUCCCAAGCAGCUACAGUCACUUCUCCAUGCUCUCCACCUUGGGGUUCCAGAUGUCAGUCCCCAGCUGUCAGCCAGUCCUCCACUACUACCUCCAUUCCUUUUUCCAAACCCUCUGAAAACGCUAAAACCCAUUAUCCUAUUUCUCCUCCUUGGGGUUCAAGAUGCCAGUCCCCAUCUGUGAGCAAUAAUAACAAGACCUCCUCUGCUUCGGCUUUCUCCGUGUCCAGACCCUCCAUCACAUCUGUCGCCACAUCUACAAUCUCCCCUCCCUGGGGAUCAAGGUGCCAAUCCCCAGCAGUGAGUCAGAAUACCCAAUCUUCCACCUUUUCCCCUGGUCCUACAUGCAGACCUUCUCAAACUCCUCCUUGGGGAUCAAGAUGCCAGUCACCUUCCGUAAGCCAGAAUAAUCAAUCCUCCGCUGUCUCUGUUUCCCCAUCCAGACCUCUGCAAAUAUUUGCAGCCACAUCUCCUGUUUGCCCUCCAUGGAGCCCCCGCUCCCAAUCACCUGCACUGUUUCAAAGCAGCUCAUCCUUUCAAUCCACUAAUCCCCUGCACACAACAACCACUGCCUCCUCUCCACGACAACAAAAAGACAAUCGCUGCACGUCCCAGAUUGUUAACAACGUAGACUCAAAAGCAAAUCACCGUCUCCUUGCAAAGAAUAUUAUAAAUGCAGCCAAACGUAAAAACAGCCCCUCCCCUGGAGCACCGAGCAGUCACGGCCUCCCCAUUUCACCUGUGGGAAACUUUCAAAACGACUGGCAAAAACCACCAAUUAGCCCCUUCCAGCAGAGGUCCUUGGGUGCACAGUCUCCCACCUUCACCAGCCCUCCUGUCACCCCAACUCAGAGAAUCUGCUCACCUGUAAGGCUCUACAACACCCGUUCUCUGACCGACUCAGAUGCCUCUGUUGAGUCCGAGGACUCUGGGCUCAGGUCGCCUGGCCUACACUCCUACAACACCUGCCCCCGUGGCUGGGGCGGCAGCCUGCGGGUCAAAAGAAGUACUGUCUCCACUGACCUGUGAGAUUGUUAAACUACUGGAUGUUCAAUUAAAACAGAAUUUCAGCAUUCAUAGGCCCUUGUUUGGCCUUGGAAGAUAGUUUGAGUUUUGGACUGAGUUGCUUAAAUUUCAGUGAAGCUAAUUGUUGGACCUAAAUCAUAGUAAAUGUUAUAUUAAAAUAGUUUUAGGUUUCUACGGGGCUCACAUUCCUUGUAUGCACUGACAAGAACAAGUUUUUUAUGAAACACAGUUGCUGUGGCUUGUACGCUUCUGACAUACCAAAAAGUGCUCAAAAAUAAUCAAAGGUUAUAGCCUCUAUUAUACUUUUAAAACAAACACACCUUCACAGUCAUUACAACAUUAAUUAUACCGACUGGUCUGAUAAAAGUCAUAACAAGAGACUUCAGGCAUAAAACAGGCACAUCAAAUUAGUAAUAACAUUUAGCUUAAUGGGCAUUUUGCUGCUUUAGUUAAAGCAUUAUUGAUGUUUUGUAAUAGUACACUGCAUGCAAUGAUCACAUUUUACAGUUGCAUUUGAUUUCUUCUGUACUGGGUGUUAUCUUCAGGUCCCUUCAUCAUUUUCAUUUUUUUUUUUACCAUGUUUCAAUCACAAACCCUAAUGUGUUUUAGUGUAAUUUUAGAACUUUAAAAGAUUCAUGGUGGUUUUCAAAUUGAAACAAAAACUAAAAAAAAAACAAAAAACAUGCAUUUAUAUUUAAGACCCCAUGUGACUUUCUAGAAUCACAUUUUACUGCAACUAUAUUUGCAUGACUUUUGGAGAAUGUUUCUGUCUGGAGUCGAUAAACGUUGCUUCUUCUUUGCAAAAAGGCUCAAGCUCAGUUAAAUUGGAUUUAGGAUUUCUGUGGAUUUCUGUGGGCAGCAAAUUUUCAGUCACAUUUUCUCAGUUGGCUAUGGAUCUGGACUUUGACUGGACUAUGAACAUAUUUAGGUCUAAAGUUUAGAGCUAAACUAAACAACAGCCACUGCCUCCUCUCCACGAGGAGGCAGUGGCUCUGGUUGUGUUUAUUGAUGUCCUGCUGACAGGUGAAUUUCCCUAUUCUGAAGUCUUUUGUUGCCUUUAAAUGGUUUUCUUCUCAUAUGGCCCAUAUUAAGCUUUAUGCAACUUUGUAGGAACUCAGACAAGAUAUCAUUUCUGCUUAGGAAAAUCAUCCCCACAGGAUAAUGCUGCCAGCACUACGUUUCACCAUGGUGAGUAUUUGCUUAGGUUAAUGUGCAGGAUUAAUCUUCUGGAACACAUAGGACCUUCCAUGAAGGCAUAACAAUUUAAUUCUCUUUACACGUUAAUGUUUGUGGUUGUAAUGUGACCAAAGGUGAGGUCUACGAAGGCCAAUGACUUGUUUAACAAGUUACUCUAAGUUUCUAAAACUUUCUUUCAUGAUGCCCACAUUGUCAUUCUUGGUUAAUUGACUAAACUACAUUCUAACUUUACAUGAAAUCCAAUGGACAAUUUAUACAGCACGAUAACCAGCUGACAUGUAUAUAAGUUCUAUUAAAUACUGAAAUAAGUGAAUGUAUGCUUCAUAGAAAGAAGUACAGAAAAGUGGAGUGUAUUGAAAAGAAAGGACGUGGAAGUAAAGUCUAAUCGAGUAUGGUGAAAUGCUUUAAAAACUUUCUCAGAAUAUUUUCUUCAUGUUUCCUUUGCUAUCACCAAUACUUAUUGCUCUUUAGUCCAUAUUAGUAGGAUCUUUGAUGUGGAACAGAUUAAAAUAUUUGAGUCUGUUUGAAAAAGGUUUAGAGGUGAAAGUGUAUGUCAGACAAGUGGAGAAGGAGAAACAUGAUUAAAAUCUAUGGUGAAAAGGACAGAAGCAUGUUUGAAACUGAGUUAUGGUGAAAGCGAGAUCGGAAGAAUGAAUUAUAUUUCAGCUGUAUAUGAUAGUCUCAUGUACAUUUUUAGUAACUUGUAAAGUUUCUUUUUAUACUUGAAUGCACUUGUGAUCAUUUCAUUGUACAGGCAAAAUUGUCAUUAAAAGCUUGAGUUGCUAAAACAAAAGGCAAAUAAAUGUCUUACUAUGAAACUUCAACCAGUCCUGGACAAUGCUGCAUGUUAGGAUGAAGCUGGCAAUUAGUUGCGAAUGUAAGUGCUCCUAGAGUUAUGCUUCUGCUUCAGGAAGUGUAACCCUUUCCACCUUGCCUGGUCCUGCAACAGAACAACAGAUUACUUUUUCGUUCGCUGACUCACAGGCUGAAAGGAUCAGCACAUUGCUAAAUAUUUACUCUGUGUAUCUCUUGAGUGACAGGAACUUCUGCUCCUUGGUGUCCUUGCUCCUUCAGCAGGAUUGAGCCUAUCACUGUCAUGGAUAGAUUUCAGCCGAGGUCACCUCUGGGCAGCCUGCACACAUCCUCGAACAGAUACCAAGAAAACACAUCAUGACCUGUUUAAGUUUGCUUAUAGGUUUUAUGGAUACCUGACUGUGUCACUGCAUUUCCUGAAUUCAACUCAUUUUAUAUCAUAACACAAUUAAUAAACUGAUGCACAAUAAAACAUCUGUUGAAAAUG